AGGAAGCUGUGAUUGUCUUGGUAACAGUGCUGGUGUCAGGAAGGGGGCAAGUUUCGUCACUAGAGUUCCGCCUAGUGUGUUCUCUUCCGGGUGCCCUAUGCACGUGUGCUGGGUCAACCGGCUUCAGGGUUUCAGCUAUGAAGUGUCACUAUGAGAUGCUCGGUGUUCGCAGGGAAUGCACUGACGAUGAUCUCAAGAAGGCCUACAGGAAGCUGGCCCUGAGGUGGCACCCGGAUAAGAACUUAGACAACUCAGAGGAAGCUGCAGAACAGUUUAAAUUAAUCCAAGCAGCCUAUGAUGUGCUUAGCGAUCCUCAGGAAAGAGCAUGGUAUGAUAACCACAGGGAUGCCCUUUUGAAAGGAGGUGUAGAUGGGGAAUACCAGGAUGACAGCUUGGAUCUGCUCCAGUAUUUUACUGUGACUUGUUACUCUGGAUAUGGAGAUGAUGAAAAGGGAUUUUAUACAGUUUACCGACACCUCUUUGAAAUGAUUGUGAAAGAGGAAACGGAAGGCAAAAAAGAUGAUGAUAUUGAGGAAUUCCCUACUUUUGGAGAUUCUCAGAGUGAUUAUGAUACGGUAGUUCACCUGUUUUAUGCCUAUUGGCAAAGUUUUUGUACAAUAAAAAACUUUGCCUGGAAAGAAGAAUAUGAUACAAGACAGGCUUCAAACCGAUGGGAGAAACGUGCUAUGGAAAAGGAAAAUAAGAAAACACGCGACAAAGCUCGCAAGGAGAGGAGUGAACUGGUCCGCCAGCUUGUUGCGUUUGUUCGAAAAAGGGACAAGAGAGUUCAGGCUCAUAGGAAACUGGUGGAAGAGCAGAAUGCAGAGAAAGCCAAAAAGGUGGAGGAGCUUCGCAGGCAACAGAAGUUGAAGCAGGCCAAACUUGCGGAGCAGUACAAGGAGCAGAGUUGGAUGGCUAUGGGUGAGCUAGAGAAGGAACUGCAGCAGAUGGAAGCUCAGUAUGAAAGAGAAUUUGGGGACAAGUCUGACAAUGAAGUGGUAGUAACAGAAGAGCAAAAUGGCAAAACAAGUGAUGAAGGAGAAGAGGAAUUGUUUGAUGACCUUUACUGUCCGGCUUGUGACAAAGUGUGCCAGACUGAAAAAGCAAUGAGAAAUCAUGAGAAAUCAAAGAAGCAUCGGGAGAUGGUGGCGCUACUGCGGCAACAGCUGGAAGAGGAAGAUGAAGAAUUCAGUGCUUCACUGACGGAGGAAAACAGCGCCCUGGAGGGAGAAGCCGAAUCUUUAUCAGAAGAUGAACAAAUUGAACAAACAACAAAACCAAAAAUUUCAAAGAAACAAAAAAAGAAGAAACGACAAAAAAUGAGGGAAGAUGACGCCAUUGUGGUGGAAAACAAUACAGAUGAAACCCAGAAUUUAGAAACAGAUGUAAACAGCACAACAUUAGAACAAACAGAGCAAGACAACCAGGAAACCAGCUCCAUAUCCUCUAAAACAAAUGAGGAAGAGACUCAAAGUGACGUAAACGCGGCACCAAAACUUAAAGGAAAGAAAGCAAGAGACCUGAAGAAAGCUGCUAAAAAGUCAGAACCCACAGAAGAGCAAGCAGAGAAUGAUGUUUCCCUGCGUUGCAAUACAUGUUCCUCUGAAUUUACAACUCGGAAUAAACUAUUUAACCAUUUGAAGACAACAGGGCAUGCCCUAGCAAUAAACAACCCUACACUGUACGCAGCAGCUAACGGCAAAAGCAAAAAAGAAAAGCGAAAAAAAUAAAUAAAAUCUUUCACUUGUCAAGAACUUUUGGGUAAAAGCCCUAUGCACUGUACUUUCCAUUCAUAAGCUGUGGACUUAUAGAGACACCUGACAACAGUAUGAGAUACUAUGCAUACAGUGAUACCAUGUUCUAGAUCUUACGUCCUAGCUGGAAAUCAGUACUUACUGAAAUAAGGCAACAAAAAUGAAUUAUGAUGUCACAGUUCUGCCCACUGUCAUGUAAAGACAUAUAUUUUGUAGAUUCUUAUUUUCAUGCAACAUAAGGGUAUAUCUAAGUCCUUCAGAAACGUUUCUCUAAUGGUUUAUUCACAGGAUUAUCUAAUUGAUUUGAAUAGACCCCAUUGUCUUUAAUGUUAUUUAUUUGUACAUAGACACAUAUGCAUGUUAGUGAAUUAUGUUUGUAAUGUAGGCAUAUACUGUAGCUCUAUUGGUUCUUUUUUUUUUUAGAUUUUAACUUUUUCUUUAAUUAAUUUAAAGUCUGUAAAUAAUCGGCUGUGAGGGUGUGCAACUUUAAACCUGUUAUUGGCAAACCACUACAUAGUCAUGGAUAAUAUGUUAAAAAAAACAAAACUUUUUAUUAUCAAUCUUUAAAUACUUCAAGAGUUUUGCAACUGUUAUCCAGAAGCAGAUAACGAACUAGAAAUGUAUUUAAGGUAAUUGAUCUAUGCAAAGCGAUAUACACUAGUUAACAAAUAGUCAUGCAGAUUUAUGUCUCACAUCUAUGCAGUGGACUCUUAAAAAUACCCAAAGCCAACAAGUUCUGCAUGUCUGGGUCACUAUUGUGGUCUACUGACAUGAGUCCAGCCAUUAUACAAUGUAGAAAGGUUACUGUGUGUUUAGCAUAUAGUGUCUAUAUGACAAAUAAUGGUUAGUAGUCAACAGUAAUCUAUGAAAAUACUAUGCCUUAUAUUGUAGUGGGUCUAAUAUGCUAAAAGAAUACAAUAAUUGGGUUAGUAUUAUGCUGAGUCCUGUUGCUCUGUAUUUAAUGGGUGGCACAUUUGUAAUACAUGAUCUGCUUCCUAAACAAAGGAAGAUGCAUAACCAAAAAAUGACUGGAGAGCAGCAGGAACACUAUGGACGGUUUGUUUCAGAUUUAUCAGGUUUAUCAAUCCAAUAUUUGGGUUUGUAACUUCAGUAAUUGUGAUGUAAUUUAAUAAGUGUAAAGAUUGAAAUCAGCCUUGCCCGUUCAUUUCCAUUGCAAUUGUUUUUACCAUUUUUAAUUGACACAUCCAAAAACUGAUUUCCUUUGAUAUAGAAUGCAAUACAUUUGCUAAUUGCAUUUUAUUUUACAUCUGUCAGAUCCUUCCAUAUGUACAUGGGAACUGUGUCUAAUGCAGUAUUUCUACUGUUCCCUCAAAACUUGUAUAGUAGGGAAUAAAUUAUUUUAAUACCUAGAA